AUGAAGCGUGGUCAUUAUGACGUCGACACCGUUCUUCCCGAGAUGGAACAAGAUUAUAAGAAACGUAAAUUGACUAUUCCAGUUAGUACCGUGCGCAAGAUGAAUAAUACAGAGGUUGUUGAAAUGAUGAGAAAUGUUGGUCUUGAUGAGAAUACUAUUAAAUGUUUGGACCAAACAUUCACAGGUGCUCUAGUUUUUUUAACCGUAUUAUUCCUUAAAGAUAUCAUGAAAAGAGAAGAAGAACAUGGAUGGUGGAAAGAAGCACUUGAUGAAAUUCUUCCUAGCUGUAACAAUAAUAUGAAGGCUGCAGAGGAAAUAAUUUGUUUGUUAGUCAGACUAUAUGUGCCAAGAGAACAAGAUUUGGGGUGGGUUGAAGCUAAACUCUCUAAGGUUGAUAGGAAUGGAACAAAUUGGGUUAAUGAAUUGUACGAUGAGGCAUUCGAAUAUGUUAAAUCAUUUGAUUCGCAAAGACCAUUAGAACCAAUAGAAGAAUUCAUUGAGAAGAACUUCAAAUCUGAUAAUGUGAAAUACUGCUCUCUCAAUUUGGUUUCACAUGAGACAUUUGCCGGACCACUUCCAAUCAAAUUUGGAACUCUUGCAAAACAUUAUUUACCUUUUAUUCCAUCUCUUCAAAUUGAAUCCAACAAUGAUAAGAUAUUGGAACGAACAAGUUGUAAAACAGUAACAACCAUUAUUGCACCUUCUGGAACAGGGAAAACAUCUUUAAUGAUUAGAAGACUUUGUAAAACAGCAGGGCUUCUAUUGACAGGUACAGCUACAUAUGAACAUGACAGCCACGAAACAACUGAUUCAACAAUAAGAACCUUGAUUAGUUGUUUGAACUCAAGAGUUAAUGCUUUCGGUUACAUUCGACAUGCUGUUCAAAUAUUAUUGAUUUCCAAGUUGACCUAUCUUCUUCUAUUGAUUGAAAAAAACCUUUUAGCCUACCUCGAUAAGAAGUCAUCAUCAACAAAGGCUAAUAAUGCUGAAAAUAAAGAGGAUGGAAAAAGUGUUACAGUUAUUGAUUCAAUGUUAGAUUUGGAUUGGGAGGAAGAUUUUUCUACGGGUUUACUCUCCGAUGAUGAGGUUAAUCAAUAUUUGAGGGAAAUUAAUAAAUCAUCAAUGAAGAAUGCGAAUGGGAAAUCAUUGAAGAAUUGGACUGAUUCGGAAUUGAUGGUUUAUCUUGCUUUUAAUCAAAUUCCUGAGAAUGUUGUAUUGAAAUUAUUUGAGAAACAUAUUGGAGGUGAUUAUUUUGUGACUAGUAAUGUUACUCAUGAACAACUUGCAAUAGAUUGUUCUAUUGAUGAGGAA